ACCGGUAUUUCAGUUAAUUACAUUUUUACAAUUUAACUUCUUCCCUCGUCUUUCUCUCUCUAUAUUUAAACACAGCGGCACCUCUUUUCUCUCUCUAUAAUCUGUAUAUUUUCCAAAAAUCUCGAUAAAGUUCUUCAUCUUCCUAAUUUUACGCAAUUAUCUAAGAAUCAAAACCCCAGAGAAAAAAAAUCUGCAAUCUUUUUUGAGUUUUUUUUGUUCAUAGGCGAUUACUUGCAGUUUGAAGAGCCAUUUAGGAAAAGGAGCAUUGAAUUUUGUAAAUUAUUGCGCUGGAAGUAAAAGAAGAAGAAGAUAAGGGUAAGAAAAAGGGGAUGGUAAGAAGAAAAAGUAUGUUGAAAGGAAGAAUCUCGAGAAUUGGGAGAUAUGCAAUUGCUUCCUCAAUUACAGAUCAAUGUAUUACUUGUACUACAUUUAAUAUCCUUGCUCCAAUCUACAAAAGGCUGAGUGAUGAGGAUCAAGACGGCCGUGAAAGCGAUUACAGGGCAUUUUGGCUAGCUAGAAACCAAAGGAUAUUGGACUGGUUGUUGCGUGAAAGAUCUACCAUUAUAUGUCUUCAGGAGUUUUGGGUUGGAAAUGAUGAACUUGUCAGUAUGUAUGAAAAGAGGCUCGGUGAUGCUGGUUACAAUAAUUUCCAGCUUGCACGAACGAACAAUCGUGGAGACGGUCUUCUAACGGCAGUACACAGAGAUUAUUUCAAUGUUAUAAAUCACCGAGAUUUGCUACUCAAUGAUAUUGGAGACCGUGUUGCUCAGCUACUUCACGUCGAAUUAGUUAACCCUUUCUGUCAGAAUCGAAGCACAAAUGUUGGACAAGAGAUUCUCAUUGUGAACACCCACUUGUUAUUUCCUCAUGAUUCAAGACUCUGCCUAGUGAGAUUGCACCAAGUGUAUGAGAUCUUACAAAAUGUGGAAUCUUAUCAGAAAGAAUUCAAGUUGAACCCCAUGCCUAUCCUACUCUGUGGUGAUUGGAAUGGAAGUAAGCGUGGACAUGUUUACAAGCUUCUAAGAUCUCAAGGGUUCGUCUCAUCAUAUGACACUGCUCAUCAAUACACGGAUGCUGAUGCUCAUAAGUGGGUUAGUCAUCGCAAUCACCGGGGAAACAUCUGCGGGGUUGAUUUCAUAUGGCUUCGGAAUCCAAACAAAUGCCUGAAACUUCUCAAGACAAGCUGGAAUGAGACAGUAUUUAGCAUGUUCAAGUCACUACUUCGAAGAGCUUCAUUGACAGAUUAUGAUGCAUUUGCCUUUCUAAAGGCUGAUAGUGGGGGUGAUUACAUAACUUACUCAUGUUUCUGUGAAGCACUUAGACAGUUAAAUUUAGCUGGUCACCCUUACGGACUUAGCGAGGAAGAGAUGAAGGACUUGUGGGUUCAGGCAGAUAUUGAUGGAAAUGGACUUCUUGAUUAUAGUGAAUUCCAGGAAAGAAUAUGGAAUGCAGAAGACUCGGAUGAUGAUGGAAGUGUCCAUGGCAGUGAUGUACAUGAUACAGUGCAAGCUAUUGGGUUUAGUGUUAAAAAUGCAGUUCUCUUCCCUACUGAAGUGGAGAAAGGGAUGUGGCCCGAAGACUACUCAUUGUCUGAUCAUGCUCGGCUCACUGUAGUUUUUUCCCCUGUACGAAUGCCAUGCUCUCAGAUGAUUUUCUGACAAAAAACAGGUAGCAAAAAAGAGUUUCCAGCAUGAGAUUUUAUUAGCAUAAAACAAGGAGGAUCAAAUGCAAAAUCACCAACUUUUUUUGUUGGUGACUUUGAUUUUAUAAGUUCAUAAGUUCAAAAGAAAUUCAACCAUAGCCUGUAGACCUCUAUAUUGAUGGAGGAUUAGCUCAGAGGAUGAAUUGUAACGGGAGCUCAUAAGCAUGUUGUUGCUUUUUGUAAAUGGAAUUGACCCUCGAACCCAGGACCAGUGAUGCUGGUACAGUAGUAUUGGGGUUCGUGCUUGGUUGGUUCGGUUACAGCUUUCUGCUGUGAGUUUUGAUCGACUGGGUGGACAGAUACAAGGAAAGACAUGGAAGUAUAACGUCGUUUGGCGACAAAGGAGAAGAGGAUGAAGUUUGUAUACUGUAAAUGUGUGUAUAUCACUGUAAGAUUUUGUAGUUAGUGUGUAUAAUUGACAUCAGUUUUUGUAUUUAAAACUGAAUAAAAAGCAAUGAAAUCCCCAUUUGGUGAUGA